GGUUGAGGUGAAAAAAAAAAUUGUAUUAACAACUUUCAUAUGUUCUGAAACUCUUUUAAAUCUGGUCAAGCGUUCAAGGAAUGACGAAAAGGAAGCCAAAAUGUUCCAAUUACUUUUUUCACUGAGUUUUGUUUUUGCCUUGGGUUUUCAGGCAACCUCGCAAAGCAAAUCAAGCAAACAGAACUCUGCAAAUGUUACACAACGAAGGCAGUAUGGAAAGGCUGUUUCAAAGGAAUGCUGUAACUGUCGCGAUGGUAGAGACGGUCGAGAUGGGAAAAAUGGAAUGGAUGGCCGCGACGGACGCGAUGGAAAAAUGGGAGAAAAGGGGGUCAAAGGCGAAGUGGGCAUUCAAGGAAAAGACGGAAUUGAGGGGAAAAAGGGUCAAAAAGGCGAACCGGGUCCGGAAAGUAAAUCACCUCAAGGAGUCAUUAAAUUCGGUGACACCGCUGCGAAAUGUACCAGGCGUACUGCUGGCACUGUUCGCUACAAAGUCCCCCAAAAUGCCUUGCUCCUGUGCGAUGGAAGCAAUUGGUUGCCACUGAUGACUGGAGGGAAAGGUCACAUGGCCAGCACACCUGGCCGUCAUUGUAGGGAUAUCCUAAGAUCAGGUGGCAGUCGUGGUAGCGGACUUUACUGGAUCGACCCAAACGGAGGCUCGACAGAGGACUCGUUCCAGGCUUUUUGCGACAUGGAGACCGAGAGUGGAGGUUGGACACUUGUUGCCACAAAGAUGUCCCCAAGCUUCGUCUUUAUCGAAACAACGUUCUCACCAUCAGCUGCCAAAACUAGGUACGCAGAUGCAGCGAGUCACAUUCACCCUUAUAUGGGGGACUGGGAAGAAGUUAUGUUCCGGUUCAGUGAUGUAAAUACCAUCCGGGUUAUUUACAACAGGAAGGCGGGCGCUCCAAAUAGGGACAAGACAGAGUUCGACAAGUUCUUGAUGGGCACAACUUACAAUACCCACAAGAAUAUCUAUGGGUUUUACAAGUACAGCCCGGCAGACCACAAUAAGAGGAAUCCCUCUUCCGGUUUUGUCACAAUAUCCAAGCUGCACUUCUAUUCAAACAGUGGGGUAUCUGAACUCCAUGCUGGCAGCGACAAGUGGAUUAACAUGUGGAAUAAUGUUGACGGCUCAUCGCAUAAGUACGUCACUUCCGACGACGGCCGCGCUCGUGGUACCAAGUGUAUCGCAGGCUACUGUUAUCUGAACAAACCAAUCUGGGUGAUGGUGCGAUAGAAACAAACUGUAGUUGAAAACUAAGAGAAGACGCUGUCAAGUUUCUGUAAGGUGUUGGGAUCUAAAAGAGAAACAGUGUUUGGACAGCAAAAUUUUGUUGCAGUUGUAUCAAGGGCUGAGAAAAACAAUAUCGGAUAAUGUAAGCUUGGUGAUUGGAUAAGGAGAAUAAAUACAGUUGAGACAUU